AUGAUCAUUUGCCUCAAUUGGCUGCCCCUCGCCCUGGCCGCCGGCUCCGUCAUGACCUACUACACCAGCAAGCAGGCGGGUUGCGACGAAAUGCGAUGCGGCGUGUACUGCGAACCCACCUCUCGGGUGGGGUACCGGCGGCGGUGUCGGCGCGACGGGCGCUGCGACGACACCAAGGCCUGCCAGGGCCUGCUGGUCCCGCCGCGGACGCCGCACGAGGGCGAGCCCGACAAGAAGAAUGAGAGACGGCCGGCCGUGGGCCAGACGGACGCCGAGCUGCUCUGCGCGAAAGGUUUGCGGGGCACGAACGCCGACUCCGCGGAGUACGCCGGCAACGCGUGCUGCCCGAAGGAGUGCGGCGCCUGCGGCGAGUCGGCCUGCGAUGACGAGGUCGAUGUCGCCACGAAGCGCAAGGGCACCGAAGGGUGCUGCGUGGGAGCCCUGCGCAGAGCCGCCAAGCCCUGCAUCUUCCCCAGUGACGUGGCGUGUAGCCUACCGCCGUACUUUGCCUCGGAGCCCGAGAAGGCAGCCGAAGCAGCCGUCAGCUACCUUGUCCUCGCCGACGAACGCCAGCGGCCGCACAUCUUUGCUGCGCAGUGCACGUGGCUCCGGCAUGUGCCUCCUUCGAGGGUUGUGUAUGUGACAGACUUUGUCGUCGGCUUUUCCGUGCCCGAGGCCCGCGCCGAGGCCAUCUUGUCCAAGGACAAAUCCGGGCCUGAGACGGUCGUAGUGGGGGCCUGUGGUACUGGAGUCGUGCACAGAGUGCGCGUGCCGAGCGUCGCCAAUUAUUUCGAUACCUUACGCCGCGUCGUGGCCCUGAAGCGCAUCUGGUCCCCUUGGGUCUGUGUUGUCCCGGCCGCGACCGGCGUGCAUCCGCAAAAUUUGGGGGCCUUCCUUGCCGAGGCGCGGCGCCGGAACCCGGGUCGCAGACGCAACCCCUGGGCGAAGACGCCACCCUACGUGGGUCGCACGCGCAAUGCGAGUGAAAUUCCCUAUUCGGGUCAUCUGCCGCAUGUGGUCCCAGAAAACGGCGUCGUCAUCCGAACAGACUUCCUCCGAGCGAUGGCGCGGGCGCCGGCGCGCGAGCCCUUGUGUACAGCGUCAGCGAGCCUUCGGGCCGCGGACGCGUCCGUCGCGCUGGUUGCGUCCUGCCUCUGGGCCCUCGGUGCAUACCCGAAGGAUGCGUCGCACGUGUUCAGGUCCACGCUCGAGAGCGCUCAGGAGCCCGUGGCUGCUGGCCCGCUGGACACCGCUGGGUUGCUCGCGUUUGGUGCCCGCUACGCGUCGAUCAAGCUCUCGACUGCGGUGGAACUUCCGGCCGCGGGCUUCGAGACGAAGUCCCAGGUUGGCGGGGCGUUCCGAGCGCCACCUCCAGUCUCGAGCGCCAACGUGGCCUUCGCGAUAAUUACACCAGAGAACGCCGUCAGGCGCGUUGUUGUUGAUGUGCUAGGCACCUGGGCAUCACAGGCCAACGUCUACUUCUUCAUCGACGAACAUGCGUUUCUCUCCGUUCGCGCCGAAUUGGAACGCGACAUACCAGAACUCCUGGGGGCCGCGCGGCGCCUGGCCCAAGAACCCGACGGCCGCGGGGAGCCGCGCCAGGCCAUCGCCGCGGCCGGCGCGCACUGGCGGUCUAGGCCGCGAGAAAGGCACCGGCGCGGCUUCGUCGCUUAUGGGAAAGAUUACACGCCAGAAGCCGCAGUCGUGGCGGAGGGGACUCGCGUGCGCUGCUCAGCAAAUCUGGCCGCCGGGCUAUUCGACGUCGACCGCCGGCGCCAGGACGUGCGGCUCGUCGGCCUCCAGCUGCCCCCUGCUCCUGCGCCGCGGCCGGUCGGGCGCAAGAACCGCAAGCGAGCCUCAGCAUCGAGUAACCUCGCGCGCCGGGACUUUUAUCAGACGUCGCUGAGGAAAACGUCUUCCUGGAAUUUGUGGCUCCGCGCAAAGGUCGCACACAUGGUCGGCUGGCUCUCGGCGAAAAACCCCGCAACGUUCGGUCUGCUGGCGGACGCCAACGCAACUCGCACCGACUGGCUCGUACUUAUGGACGAUGAUACCUACGUCCUACCGGGUCGUCUACGCGCGACGCUCGGCUGGUACGGCUUCGCUGCGCGCUCGGCGCUGGCGGUCGGCCGUAAAUUCCACAGCCGCAAGACCAUGCUGCUGGGCGGCGGUCCGGGCAUCGCGCUCUCGCGUACGGCCCUCGACAAGAUCUCCGCAGCCGAGUGCACGAAACGCACCUUUCCCAUCAUCUCCAGCAGCGUGCCGGGGGGCGACGGCUGGCUUGGAAGCCUGCGUGGGAAUCUAAAACAUUGGGCCUGCCUCCGAUCGUGUCUCGUCGACGAAUGUUGCCAGUCACUCCUCCGCACUGCCCAGUUUUGAGCGAAAUCGAAAUGGGACGUCGAGUGGAGACCCCUUCGAGCCCGGCCAAUCAAGUUGUUGACGUCCACGCAGGCUCGGUCAGUGCCUCCAGGCCGCGGGCGUCCGCCUCGAGCACAACGAUGGUUUUCUGAGCAACAGGAUAUCCCACUACGCGCGGGACAGCGCCGCGCGGGGGGUCAGCUUCCAUCGGGCCGCGCACGCUGACGACCACGCGUUUGCCUGGGAUGCAUUCGCUGCCGAGAUGCGCUUCGCUGCUCCUGCGCCGGCCGACGCUGCGGCGCUCCUCGCUGCGUUUGCUUCGGCGUCGAACAUCAGAGCUGGGGCUGCCGUCGCUUCGUCCCCAAAGAGUCCGACGUGCCCGAGAGACACACCCCAUGCAGGUGGGGCGGAUCACCACCGACGGCGCGCCCGCCGACGCCGGACCUCUGCGAACCCUUCUUCCACUGGUCCUUGUCGGCGCCCGUGUGCCUGCCGCGCUUCACCAUCAUUGGCGCGCAGAAGGCAGGCACGACGUCCAUGUUCGCUUACCUCGGCCAGCACCCCCAGGUGCUGCUGCCUAAGGAGAAGGAGCUGAACUUCUGGGGCAGCAUCUGGCCGCCCACGAGGAGCGCACGCAGCCGCCAGCCGGGUUACGACGGCGGACGCAUGGUCAGCAUGACCGACUUCCUCCAGGAUUACAUGCCCCGCUUCCCGCUGCGGGUGCCCACCGACGAGGCCGUGCAUGUCUACGGGGAGGGUUCACCCGACUACCUCGUGGCUGGGCCCCAGGUCCUGUCCAACUUGUUGCGCUACAUGCCCCUCGUCAAGCUUGUCGUGAGCCUCCGCGAACCAAUCGCGCGCGCGUGCUCGGCGUACGCGAAUAAGAAGGCCGAUGGCACGCUCCACAAGCACCUUCUCAGAAACCGCGAUGCGUUGAGAGACACGCGCCUCGACGGCGAGCUAUCCAACUACACACCGCCAACUCUCGACUCCCUGGCGCUGGAUGCGCACGGUUCCAGUGUUUGGUGGCCUUGCACGCGGCCGAUAGUUUUCCCCCUGCAGGCUCAGCGUGCUCGCCAAGUGCCCUGAUCAGCGUUACCACCGCACGCUCGGCGAGGCCCCCAAGGACGGCAAGGGCGACUGCUACGUGAGCCCUUUCGUGCUCCACGGCUACUACGCAAAGUACCUGGACAUAUUUUUUCAAGUGCUGCCUUCAGACCAAUUACUUGUGGUGGACUACGCGGCCUUUGCGGUGGACCCAGCGGCCGUGAUGGACGAGGUCGCGCACCACCUGGGCCUCGACCCGCGACCCAGUGCGAACUUCUCAGGCUUCGAUACCUCACUUGUCUUCAACACGCGCGAGAACCGAGGCACACACGCGCGCGGCUACGGGGGCAAGGUAGGUGGCGCGAUGUCCGCCGCCAUUCGGCCUGGCUUUGCCAACAAGGGGUCCUUCGACGCUUCCUGGGAGGCCGGAAUCAGUCCGGGCGCGCGUGCGGCUCUCCACCGGUACUACGAACGGCCUAACGCGGAGCUCCGGGCGCUCCUCCUCCGCCAUGGUAAGCCGUCCGUGAGCUGGGCGACGGCGGAGUAUGCCGGGUAAGCCAGGUCUACUUUGACGGCUCCGAGUCUGGUUUCUAGAGGGGUGCCCCCCUCUGGAGAUCGUUGCUCUGGCCACUUGAGUUGCGGAGUAACAAAGGGGUCUUUGCCAA